CUUUCAGCCCCAGUGCACCGGACACCAUGCAGACCGCCAUCGCAGUCCUCCGAAAUUCCCAUGACCGUCGUGCUCUCAGUUACAUAGACAGGUGCAACUUGCCGGACAUGCUCCUGGUCCCCUCGACCCCUUGCAAGGACAACUGAUCAACGUAAGCUAUCUGCCACACACCAAAAUAUCGACUUCGCCAGCGCACCUUCCUCGCACACACGGCAACACACAUCCGCAAUUCCUUGUCUUUGAGGCGUUGAGCGUAGGGCCUUGGUCAGAGUGCAGGACCCCAGGAUUGCUGUACUUUGGAGAACAAGUCACCGUGCGGGACAGAUUUGUCUCCCACAUCGGAUGAAGGUAACGCAAUGCGCGCAGUGGCCUUGAGAGACGCGCCUUCUUCGAGCCCUUGCUGUCGCAAUGCACACCCAUACUCGCAGCGAGAAGAGUCGUCGGCAGGAGAUUUGAGUUGCCAGCGGGUUGAGCCGAGAGUGUUGGAUGUAUAAUGUUGCUCUGCCUAAUGGAUGUAUCAUCUUGUGGAAGAGAGGCAGUUGCGAAGUCAUGUGUGGCCGGUUAAAUGGCCGCUCAGGACAUCUUGCUGAGACUCACUGGGCAAUGACUUCCCCAACAGACGGAACUGCAGCCACGAGAACGAGACGGCAGUCGCACAACCUUCCAUCAGAGCUGUGCCAGGAGACACCACGGCCUCGUCUGUGCAGCUUGAAUGGGCAACCACCUUCAGGCACAUGUUAUCCGGAAUGCCGACUUUGCUAUAUUGACCGAGAAUCGGAGGAAUCCGAGUUGAUAAGAUUCGGUGAAGAGGAGACGGUUACACAGAGACAGGUGAGUCCAGGAGGUUUCGGAUGUGAGCCAAAAUCCGUGAUGUGGCCCGCAUAAUGGCCCCUGCCUGUUCACAUGUUUACAGCGCAUCAUAGUGGAAGCAAUUCCCGAGAGCAGUCGUGGAUCAUAGCGCAUGGCAGUCAGCCGAUUUGAGGAUGUGUGGACGUUGAGGUGCCCAUAGCAGCAAAGUCGGUACAACCUUCUGUGUCUGUCACACGUCAACCGCGAUCCAGUGCCAAUCUCAACAUGGCCAAAUGCAAUUCUGUGUCAAGGUCAACUCAGUCACG